ACAAUCAUACCAAAAUAUCAAAUGGUGCAAUUAUUUUUAAAUAAAUACGUAGCAUAAAUUAUAUUUAUACGAUAAAUAAUCCUAUUCUUCUAUUCCUGUCUAUAAAUACCAACCUCUAAUCCUUAUCCAGACACUGAAUUCGCGAAUUAGCCAAAAAUGUAGACUUAACAUAAAAAAAACACGAUGAAGUGCAAGAGUUCCACUAUUGCCAUUCUCUUCCUUUCACUAAACCUUCUUUCAUGUAACCUAGUUCAGAGUUGUUACCUUUGUGGGCAGCCUAACACUCCAAAUGUCCCAAAUCCAAACAACCCUGGGAUUGGAUCUGGUGGUGGUAGCUCGCGAGGUGGUCACUGCCCAAGGGAUGCCUUAAAACUUGGCAUAUGCGCCAAUGUGUUGAACGGCCCCGUCAGCGCCGUGAUUGGGACCCCGCCAACCCACCCUUGCUGCAGUGUCAUUGCUGGCCUUCUUGAUUUAGAAGCUGCCAUAUGCCUUUGCACUGCCAUUAAGGCUAAUAUUCUUGGGAUUAAUCUUAAUAUUCCCAUUACUCUUAACCUUCUUAUCAAUGUUUGUGGCAAGAAAACUCCCACUGACUUCCAAUGUGCCUAAUUGAUCCUCUAACUCGCGUACGUCAGGAAUCAUACAUUGAACUGAUUAUUGAUCGACAACAUAAUAAUGUUUUUUCGAUUUUAAUGUAUUUAUCUUGCAUUGUGGGUUUUGUUUUAGGAACGUUUUAACUUUGAUUUUUCCUGUUAUUCCUGUUAAUGUUUGGUAAUCCUAUUUACGUACUAUCCAUGCAUAUUGAUCAGUAAGAUCUUGUGCUUGUUUAGUAGCAAAUGAAUGUAUUCAUGUCAAUUUUACUCCAUCAAAAGUAGUAAAAUUAAAUUUCUUUCUCAAGUUAUUGCUUUUGUAUUACGUACAUUGAGGUAAAAUAGCUCUCAAUGAAUUUAUGUACUCCUAAUAAAAGUAAUAAUUAAGCAUUAUGUGUCGAUCGCUAUGUAAGUUGAUUGGCCCAUCAUUCUUCACUAAUAGAAGCCCCGGCCCGCUGAUAUUGUUGAGACCUUAA